AUGGCGUAUUUAAAUACCAUUGGUUGCGGUGAAGGUCUAUCUAGCUCCCGACCACCUCUAUUUGAUGGCACCAACUUUGCAACAUGGAAAACGAGAUUCCGCAUCUAUGCCCGGUCUCAAGGCGUCAAAGUUUGGAUGGCUAUAGAGGAUGGCAUUAUCAUUCCAACCAAAAUUAUUGAUGAUGUUAUCUUCGAAAAGAAAGUGAGUGAAUAUACUCACGAAGAGGAAGAUAGAAUGAACAUCGCUGCUAAAGGUGAAAUGGUUCUCACAAGUGCACUUGCUGAAAAAGAAUACAAGCGUGUGAACAAUUGCAAGUCUGCAAAAGAAAUGUGGAACAAACUUGUGGUCACCUAUGAAGGAACCACCGAUAUUAAAGAUUCUCGAAUGGAUACUCUAAUCAUGGAGUACGAGAAUUUUAAACUCCAAGAAGGAGAAAAUAUCAUCGACAUGGAAACAAGAUUCACUCGUAUUGUCGAUGAGCUUGCUCAACUCGGAAAGAACUACACGCAAAAUGAAAAGAAUCGGCGAGUUCUUAAAUCUCUUCCUCCGAGUUGGAAAGUCAAAGUUACAACAAUCAAAGAGAUGCACAAUCUCAAUGAUUAUCACAUCGACAAUCUUUUCGGAAAUCUUCGUGCUUACGAGGAAGACAAUGUUCCGGAUAUAGUCGUUCCUAAAGUGGAAGAAAAGAAGAAAAAUAUGGCACUCAAGGCCAUAUUAAUUGAUGAUGAUGAUAACGACGAAGAACUAAACGAGGAACUCAAAAAUCUCGAUGAAAGCGAAAUCGCUUUAUUAACAAGACAACUUCGUCGUAACAAAGGAAAAGGAAUUCAAAAUUCAAAUUCGAAUUCCUAUAACAAUGCAAACAACAACCACAUCAACAACAAUAACUAUACUCCUCCUAAACCUAAAGAGAAUGUUCAAGAGGAGACACAAGAUGUUUGUUUUGAAUGCAAACAACCGGGUCACUACAAGAGGGAAUAUCCAAAGCUAGCAAAGGGACGUGUUCUCGUAGCAGAAAACGGUUGGGAUCUAAGUGAGGAUGAAGAAACCUCUGAAGCUAGUGAAGAGAUCAUGAAUUUAUGCUUAAUGGCUUCGGAUGAUGCAUCCACCUCUUCUGAAGACUUCUCUAUAGAUCAAGAGGUAUGUGGUCCCUCACGAGUGUUAAAUAAUUUGCACUUACUUAAUGUCUCAAAUUUAAGCCUACUUGAUAUGAGCAAAGAUGAUUUAAUGGCUCUAGUCAUGGAGUUAAACCGUCAACUCUGUGAUGUGAAUCAAAGAUUUCUGACAUUAUGGUCCGAACAUGAAAAACUCAAGAAUUCGAGAAAUGAUCAACAAAAGGAGUUGAUUCGAAUGAAGGAAUCAAUGAUCGUAUGUGAGGAUGAAAUUAAUUCCCUCACUAAUCAAACCGAUCUUCUAAAGCUUGAAUACAACAAGUGCAAGGACAACUUCAUAAAUCUUGAAGUUGAAAAUAUAUCCUUGGUACUACAAGCCAAAGAAUUGGAAAAUGAAAAGUUACAAUUGAAUGAUAAUAAUUGUAAACUUCAUGUUGAUAUAUUAAACUUGAAGAUUCAGAAUGAAUCAUUAAAUCAAGAUAAAUCAACUCCAAGUCAGCAAAAGAAUUCUCCUGAUGAAGAAAAUCUUCUAUUAGAAACAAGAAGACUGAAGGAUGAAAACUUCAAACUCUUAUCUCAAGUCAAGGAUCAAGAAAAAUCUUUAAAUCUGAAGAUUGAUUCCUUGAUUAAGGAAAAAGAAAACCUUGAAAUAGUGGUUCAACGAUUCACAAAUGGCAAUGAGACUAAACAAAAUGAACUACCUAAGGUUACUCCCAAAUCACCAACUCUUAAAUGUUCUUAUUGCAACAAAGUCGGACAUUCUGUCUCCUUUUGCAAACAUAAGAGUGGUGAAAUCAAGGGGAAACAUGUAUGGAUUCCAAAGGAGUCAAAAUCAUACACUCGGGUUGACAAAGCAAUACCAAAGAAAAAUGGUGCCAACAUAAAUAAAAGGCAACCAAUGUUCGGCUAUCAUCAACAGCCACUAUCAGCUCAAAAACGAAACGAAAGGCAAUUUAUAAGCUCUAGAGGAAAUAUUCCUAGAGAAUAUAAUAUGCCUAGACAAAGUUUCUAUCAUCAUUCAGCUCCACACUAUAGUUAUAAUAGAAAUUAUGCAUAUCCUAGGAUGGAUAUAAGGCAAAAUGCUUAUAAUGCUAGGAAUCAUGCAUCUAGAUUAUUGUAUGUGCCUCAAAGUGAUUAUCCUAUGCCGAAAUUCUAUUAUGCAAACUCUAGAACUGCUUAUGUUGGACUAACCCCUGGACCCUCAAGACAAAAGGGUACCAACAAGUUUUAUUGA